UACAGAGUGCUGAUUGGUUCAAACUGCUUACGUCAUUUUUGUGCGAUUACUACUGUCGCGAGGAAAAAAUGGCGCCUUCUCCAACAAAAAGGAAGGACGAUGACAAGAGCAAACAGCGCAGCAAGGACAAGUCAGGAGCCACUAAAGAGGGAGCUGACAAAGGCCGGGGCCGAGACAAGAACCGCACCCGACGCAGCGCUUCUAGCAGGAGCAGCAGGUCGAGCUCCAGCUCCAGCAGCAGCAGCUCAGGUUCCAGCUCUGGCUCCUCCAGCGGCUCAAGCUCCUCUGCCUCCAGUCACUCUGGCUCCUCCAGCUCCCGCUCUUCUUCCUCCUCAUCUUCAUCAUCCUCACCCAGCCCCAGCCGCCAACGCCACAACAACAGACGACGCUCGCGCUCAAAGUCUAAAUCGCCAAAGAAGGAAGGCAGGGAUCGACGACGCAGGAGUCCCACACCCAAACCGACCAAGGUCUUCCUGGGUCGGCUGACCAGAAACGUCAUCAAGGAGCACAUCCAGGAGAUUUUCUCCACAUAUGGCAAGAUCAAGAUGAUUGAAAUGCCCAUGAACCGCAUGCACCCUCACCUGUCCAAGGGGUACGCCUAUGUGGAGUACGAGACCUCCGAAGAGGCAGAGAAGGCUCUGAAGCACAUGGACGGAGGUCAGAUCGAUGGUCAGGAAAUCACUGUCACAGCUGUGCUGACUCCCACGGUGCGCCCCCCUCCUCGCAGGCUUUCCCCUCCCCGGAGGAUGCCUCCUCCGCCCCCGAUGUGGCGCCGGACUCCACCUCGUAUGAGGAGAAGAUCUCGGUCUCCACGCCGACGGUCUCCAGUGCGGCGCAGGUCUCGAUCGCCUGGCCGCCGCCGCCAUCGGUCGCGAUCAAGUUCCAACUCCUCGCGCUAGCGAUCGUGAAGCUUUUCCUCUCCCUCGCCUCCUCUGAAUUUAUUCUUUUGUUUUGUCCUUUUGAUCAGAGCAACAAAAAAUGUGAAAGAAAAAUGUUUUUGUGUUGUUACCUUGUUAAGUGGCGAACACAGGAGCACCAAAGUCUUUACCAUUUUCCCCAGUAAAGACAUUCAGGCGGUGUUUUAUGAUAAUAAGACGUAAGAAUUGUGUUGAACUUUAAAUGCUUCAUUUUUAAUACAUUGAAACCUUUUCAUUA